AUUUUAUUUAUUUUUUAAAGAUUUUUUUCUUGCACACUGAUGAUAUUGGGUGUUUUUUAAUCUACUCUGCAGAAGCUAUAUCUUGCUUAAAUCAGGCCAUGAAUCUGUUCUUGGAGAUUGGGAGAUUAAACAUGGCUGCAAGAUACUGCAAGGAAAUUGGUGAAUUAUAUGAGACUGAACAAGACUUUGAACGAUCGAUGGAUUACUUUGAACGUGCAGCCGAUCUUUUCCAAAGUGAAGAAGUGACUACAUCUGCAAACCAGUGCAAGCAGAAGGUUGCACAAUUUGCUGCUCAACUGGAACAAUAUCCUAAGGCGGUUGAGAUUUUUGAAGCGAUAGCCAAGCAUUCGAUGAACAACAAUCUUCUGAAGUACAGUGUUAAAGGAAUUCUCCUCAAUGCUGGCCUCUGCCAGCUUUGCAGGGGCGAUGUUGUUGCAAUAACAAACUCAUUAGAGCGAUACGAGGAAAUGGAUCCGACCUUUUCAGGGACGCGUGAACACAAGUUUUUAGCUGAUUUAGCUGCGGCAAUUGAUGAGGAAGAUGUUGAGAAGUUCACUAGCGUGAUCAAGGAGUUCGAUAGCAUGACCCGGCUGGAUGCUUGGAAAACCUCUCUACUCUUGAAAGCGAAGAAUGCACUGAAAGCCAAAGAAGAAGAAGAGGAUGAUCUUACCUAAGUCUUCUCUCUGUCUUUCACUCCAUGCUUUCGGUUUGUAUUUUACUAAUUUGCAUCAUGCUGUGGUGGAACUCUCUUGCGCCUUCUUUCACCUAUUAAUAUGAUCGAUCAUUUUGUAUCUACCUUGGUUUGGGAUAUCACUAUUUAGAUAGAUUGGAUUCGUUUUCUAGAGUUGUGUCCAUGGGUUGUCUCUUGAAUGGUUGAUUUGUGUUGAUAAUAAACAAGAACCUUUCACUGGAAAAGCGGAUGAUUUGAAUUGUUGCUACAACGGUGACCUUGUGAUUGGUCCCACCUUAUCAGGUUAGGUCCUUUCAGGCUACGAGGUUGGAUUUGUAUGAGAUGCUUUGGACCCACACUAGAAUUUUCUGCUUCCCAAUUGAGUGUGGGUGGUUGGGAUUUGUUAUUUUAGUAGGGAUGGUGGGAAUCCUGAAAUCGUACAUUGUUCUUGGAACUCAAAAUCUAUGUUACUAUGGAUCUGUGGUGACCCCUGAAUCUCUUCUCUGCUAUAUUCCCCUCUUCUGUGGAUUCCAAUGUUAUUCCGGAAGUGUUUAUUUUGCUUGUUA